AUGUCAACCGCGCUGCUCGCCGAACUCGGUGCUGUUCCAGCAGCGGCGAAGGAUGCUGAUGAGGUCAGUGAGGUCGAAACGACACCAGGAAGCUCCCCGAGGAGACGCACGGAAGUGGAGCCAGACGACGAGGAAGACAAGGCCGAAAUGCCCACCUGCCACAUGAUUGUCAAGGGUACCUUCAUUGAGGUGACAGAUGGCUGCAGCAUGAUGCAGCGAUAUAAGAAGAUCCGCAAGUUGAAAACGGACUCCAUCCUAGCCGAGUGUGACAGUGAGCCGGAGAUCCUUCUCCCAGAGCUCGAUCGGCGUCCUUUGCCGGAGGCCAAGUCAGAAAGGGCGCAGUCGCCCAUCCCAAAGAAGGAAGACAGGAGCGAGUCGCCUCCCGCAGUGCAGCUCAGCCGGGCGUCACAUGGACGGACCACUGUGAUGUUGAGAAACAUUCCAAACAACUAUACGAGGCAGAUGUUGCUGGAGCUGUUGUCGGAAAGUGGGUUCGACUCUCGCUAUGACUUCGUAUACUUACCAUGCGAUUUCCAGCGCGACUCAAACCUGGGCUACGCCUUCAUCAACCUGAUAGAUUCCGAAGCAGUCGAUGCUUUUUGGACGGUCUUUGAUGGCUUCUCAUCCUGGGCCAUACCGACAGCAAAGGUCGGCCAGGUGACCUGGAGUGGUCCUCACCAAGGCCUCGAGGCACACGUGGAGCGCUACCGGAACAGCCCAGUCAUGCACAGGAGUGUGCCGGAAGAGUACAGGCCUCUGAUCUUCGCGAACGGUGAACAGGUUCCCUUUCCCCCACCAACCAGGAGGCUGAAGGCCCCGACCAAGAACACACGAUAG